UUGCAUGGCUACGAAAACUUUGGAGCUUAUUUCAAACCAUAGUCAAGUUUCUAAACAAUUUGUGCACUUUUCCAUCUAUUUAAUGAUUUAUCAAAGGAUAUGUCGUGCUAUAUAGGAAAAAUAAGAGACGUUAGGCUAUUUCUACUAUGGAUGAUAAUAACGUUUAUGUGGGGUGCAGGAAUUUUUCUAACUGGCUUCUUUCCAAUAAACAACUAUUCAAUGGAGACUGUUGAUGGUGUAAGGAGACCACAUAAACUGGACAAUGUGAGCUUAAAGCCGUCUACUCAACUUUAUGAACAGACUAUUCUCAUGGUUGUGGAUGCGCUUCGAGUUGAUUUUCCUACCCAAAAUCGAAUGCCAUUUUCUUACAACAACUCAUGCAGCCGUCUCGAGUUGCGGGUUAACAUUCCUACGGUGACAAUGCCACGUCUUAAGAGUUUAACAACUGGUACCAUUUCCAAUUUUAUUGAUAUUGUUCUGAACAUUGGUCAUGUAGAACAAUUAUCAGACUCAUUAUUGCAUCGCUUGCAUAGACGUAAUGAAAAUAUGGUUUUUGCUGGUGAUCGCACAUGGAUCAGCCUUUUUCCAAAACAGUUCAAACGUUUUACUGCCAAUACAGAUUCGUUUUUCGUUAAUGACUUUUACGAGGGCGAUAAGAACGUAACUGCAGUGCUAAAUAAAGAGCUGUGGAACGACGAUUGGAUGUUGCUGGUGCUCCAUUACCUAGGGUUAGAUCACAUUGGACAUGUUGAAGGGAGUGAAAGUUCAAAAAUUCCUUUGAAGUUGAAAGAAAUGGAUGAAGUAGUGCAAAAAGCAUACCAAAAACAGCUCUUGCACAAGCAACUACUGCUUUUAACCGGUGAUCAUGGCAUGAAAGACGGUGGUGGUCAUGGUGGAAGCACUACUGGUGAAAUGUAUGUGCCAUUAUUUGUUUUAAAGCAAAACUGCAGUCGAAAAAGUUUUGAUAAAUCUAAUGAGUAUAAUCAAAUUGAUUUGGCACCUACAUUGGCUAUUUUGUGGGCCAUGGAAAUACCACCAAUGUCAAUAGGCUGUUUAAUACCACAGCUAUUAGAUGAAUUUUCCUUGGAGGACCAACUUUAUGCUUAUUACUAUAAUGCUUUACAUUUACUGCAAAAAGCGUAUAAGAAUUUCGGUGAAGAAUAUGUUGAAGCUAGUGCAUUUAAUGAUUGGUUUACAACAGCCAAGUCGGCGCAUAAACAAUUUCUUUCAACAAAGCGUAAUGAUGAUUUUGACAACAAUUUUAUUUUUGAAGAUGCCAAAGUACAUUAUUUACUCAUGUCUCGCGAAAUUUCGCAGCAACUAUCUGCAUCAUUGGUGCAAUUCGAUUAUGGGCUAAUCACACUGGGACUGCUGCUUACCACACUGGUAAUGUCAAAUACGUUGCUAGUGUUUUGCUUAUCAACCGAAUGCGUUUUUAUGCAAGGAACCGGCACAUACUUAUCGUUACUUGCAUUUGCGGCUUGUAUAAAUAAAUGGUGCCACUACCAGCAUUAUUUUGUUACCACCGGUUUCACAGCGACCUUAGCACUUGUGCUCGCUUUAAUGGCAAGCAUUUAUUUGUUAAUAAACAUAAUUGUCAUAUUUUUGUGGCGCCUACAAAGCUGCCAAGGCCUUAAAAUAGCGCUGCCCAAUCAAAUUUGCUUCCUCUUAGGCUGCCUCUUAUUUCACACGUUAUCGCUGGCCUCCUCGUCCUUUAUUGAAAAUGAAAAUAAAACUUGGCAUUAUUUGGGCGCCAGCGCUUUGUUUCUACUUUGUGUAAAAAGUUUUUUUACAGACUUAAGAUCUUAUAAACUGGACACGUGGGUGAAUAAUAUAAAUUUCUAUAAAGUUGCUUUGUUCAAACUUUUAAAAAUCCACACAUCGUGGAUUGUUAUUGGUUGCUUGGGGUUUCUAGUGCGGUUAGAUGAAGCUGCGUUCUACAUCAAUCAGCAGAAAUGCAAAAUAUGGUUAAGUUGUAUGUUCACUGCAGCGUUGCUGUUGUAUGUGCUGUGUUUAUUUCAACAUAAACUUGUGCAAACACGCAAGGAGCUACUGCUUUAUGCUUUAGCCGCAUUGCUAAUUUAUGGUUAUCGUGGGGCUAAGGGCACCGUUUACUCUGUGUUGGACACAAAAAGCUGUAAUAAUAUUUUAAAUAUUUUUUGGCUGGUUGUGACAACUGCCGCUUGCCUAUCGGCUGUGAUUUUAAAUUCCAAACGUCGUAAUUACCAAUUAUAUACAAUCUUAGCAAGCUGCUUUAGAAUUCUACUAACCUUAUUACUUACAAUUUCUAUGUUGCUACACAAGCCACAUAAUGCUUUGCUAGUCGCUACCUUAAUCUACACGCUCUCUUUGUCUUAUACAUUUUGCGACAAAUUGGAGUGGAAUAAGUCACUUUACUCUUACAAAUACUUAUCGAAGCUGCUCUGUACAAUACUCAUAGCAAAUAUGUUUUACUUUUAUCAGGGCAACUCGAAUAGUUUUGCCACAAUCGAUUUGAAUCCUGGCUACGUCGGUCAAACCACAUAUAAUCCAGUUUUAGUUGGGGUUCUUGUCACACUGAACAUGUAUUCUGCACAAUUUAUAUCAAUCUUAUAUUUAAUUAAGCACAUUUUGCAAGAGAAUGAUAACACCAAAACGAAUGAAUUAACUGCUAGUGAGCAUAUAAAUUUCAUACUUUAUUUCUAUACAUUAAGCAUAUUUGUACCAGUUUUAAUUUAUUUGUGGCUCUUGCUAUUCUUUCGCUACCAUCUUUUUAUCUAUUCAGUAUUCGCUCCGAAAGCGCUCUACGAAUAUUACAAAGUAUUUGUACUUUUCUUAACAUAUUUAAUGACAACAAUUAGCUUGUACAUAUUCGGUGUAUAAGUUUAGUGUGUGUGUGUGUGUGUAUAUAAUUUAUAAUUACUAUUGUUAAUCAAUGUAUUUAGAAUAAAAUGAUAAAUUAAAAUAUGAUGAUGAUA